GCUGUGCAGCUACCCCACUUACGUGCUCAUAUCUGGAGAGAGACGGAGACGGAGGGGAGAGGCUGACGUCCUUCCCUCAUUUUUUUUUUGUGUUCGCUCUGCAGACGCGUGCGUGACCCAUCUGCUCCCGGAUUUCCCUUCAACUUUUUUUUUUCUUUUUCCGUCCAUUUUUCUGCUCUUUUCUUCGUCGCAUUCCUCCGUCUUCUGAGACUCUGGAAUGAACUGCCUUCCUGCCCGCGUCGUUUCCAUGUCAGCAUGGGAACUGCCGCGUCCAGAAGGAAGAAUUUAAGAAACGAUGCGAUAUCCUCUGUGGCAGCAAAAGUUAGAGCAGCGCGAGCGUUCGGAGAGUACCUGUCCCACACACACCCUGAAAACAGAAACGGAUCAGCUCAUCUUCUGUGUGAAACCGUGGUGGGUCCUGACCCAGAAUCGCCAAGUGACGCGAUUAGCCUCGACAACAACAACCACCUCCAUCGCUGCUCCUCCACCGCCACCACCACCGCCACCACCAAGGGCUGCGAGGACAAACGGGAGCCCGGCCUAGUGAAGCAGCCGCUGGGCCUGCUGCAGCCGCCUCCCCCUUCCAUCACCAUUUCCACCAAGCCAUCGCGGCUGUCCCUCGAGCGCAGCUUCUCGGCAGAAGAGGACCAGCAGAAGAGUGUGGAGUGCACCCUGCAGCCCGCCCGCGUGUACACCAUCACCACCCAGCACGGUAUGCUGAUGAGCAGCGGCCGGGGCAGCAAAGAGAGCCUGGAACUGGACGUCCUGAAGGAAAAGCCGGGGAGCGGCGGGGCGGGAUCUAGAGGCGGCCCGAUCCAACCAUCCACUUCCCCUUCCUCCGCCACAUCGUCUCCGACCCAAUACCACCGCGCGGGCGGCAGCCGCGCCAGCAGCUUGGGCGGCAGCGGCCACCAUCACGGCAACCAUCACCACGGCAAUCACCACCACGGGAACCACUACCCCGUCUCGUCCACGAACGCGCCUUCCAGCAUGGCCAGCGGAAGCGGCGGCAACCAGCAGCAGCAGCAGCAGCUGGCCGCGGGGUCCCACUCCCACCACGGAUCCCACCACCACUCCCACCACCACCACCACCUGUCCCAGCCCCCGCUGCAGACCUCCGUCAGCGCCCACAACAUCCGCAGCUGGGGCGAGGCCGGGAAAGGGGAGGCGGAGUGCAGCGGGCUAGGUUGCGACUCGUGCGGCAGCGCGCCCUCGCGCAGCCAGGGCUCGCUGGACCUGGAGAGCGCGUCCCGAGAGGCAGGCAAGCAGCACCGGCGCCUAGAGCGGAUGUGGAGUGUGGACCGGGUGACUGUGAUGGAGAGAGAGGACACUAACUGGUUCCCCAAGGAGAACAUGUUCACCUUUCAAACGGCCACAACAACCAUGCAGGCGAUAUCGGCUUUCCGGGGAUUUGUGCAGAGAAAAAGGAGAGAGAGGGAGCAGGAUUCGGCUGAAGUCAUCCAGAGGAACUUCCGGAAGCAUCUUCGGAUGGUGGGCAGCAGGAGGAUUAAAGCGCAGACGUUCGCUGAACGUAGAUCGAAGAGUUUCAGCCGUUCCUGGAGCGAUCCCACCCCUGUCAAGCCUGACUCUCCUCAUGAACCCAGAGACAGCGGAGACCUGCAGACCUCCUCUGGCGCCCUGGAUGAAGGAGGCCUUGAUGACAAUAUGGACUGGGAGGAGGAAAGAGAAAUGGAAAGGCUGGCCUGUGAGGGAGAUGACUUUAUACCUCCCAAAAUCAUGCUGAUCUCGUCUAAGGUCCCAAAGGCAGAGUACGUUCCCACCAUAAUUCGCAGGGAUGACCCUUCCAUCAUCCCCAUCCUCUAUGACCACGAACACGCAACUUUUGAUGAUAUUUUGGAGGAAAUAGACAAGAAGCUCACAGCUUACAGGAGAGGCAGCAAGUUCUGGAGGAUGCUCAUCUUUUGUCAGGGAGGCCCCGGUCAUCUGUAUUUACUGAAGAAUAAAGUGGCAACCUUUGCGAAGGUGGAAAAGGAGGAGGACAUGAGCCAAUUCUGGAGGAGACUAAGUCGCUUCAUGAGCAAAGUCAAUCCAGAACCAAACCUGAUCCACAUAAUGGGAUGCUAUGUCCUUGGCAACCCGAAUGGAGAGAAGCUGUUCCAGAAACUGAAGAAUCUGAUGAGGCCUUAUUCCGUUGAGUUUGAGUCACCGCUGGAGCUUUCCGCGCAGGGCAAAGAGAUGAUUGAGACGUACUUCGACUUCCGCCUCUACCGCCUUUGGAAGACGCGCCAACACUCCAAACUCUUGGACUACGAGGAUUUUUUGUGACAAAGACACCCGGAUAAUGAGUGCAGCAGACCCCAUCAGUGCCACACGGAACCCGUUAAAACUGAUCCAGUGACUGAACAUUGCUCAACUGUAGUGCUCGGCCCGUCAACUCAAUAUAAGUCAUACCUGCCUUCAUCCGGGAGAGGGCUGGGAGAGGAGGAAAGGCACCGACAGAACAAACAGGCUGAAGAUGAAGCGAAUUGUCCUGUGCCUCUGCUCUUCCUCAUUUCCAGAGUGAGAGUCACAGGCUAACAAAAAAAAAAACAGUACGCAUAAAGCAAAAUACAAUGGGGAAAAAGCUGGAGAGAGCUGGACUAUCAUCAUCAUAGUUGCCAUACCUGUCUGCUUCUUGAGUUUUAAAGCAAAAUUCAAAUGUUAAAAAGUAGGAAAUACCAUUUUAGUAAUACCUUUUGAAGCUUGUGCGCUUCAGGCAAGUCGCCGAAACUCAUACAGUCAUCAUGUGUUUCAGUGUUUUGACUGGACCUCUCAGAUAAUCUCAGACCCCGGAGACAUACAUAUACAUAAGUAACGCAUUCGUCGAUGUGUGUAUAUAAUACAUGAAUAUAUUAGCAUAGCUUUAGUCAUGCAAAUAAUACUCUAUAUGAGAUUAAUGACGCAUCAUUUAUUUUUGAUGUGCAUUGUUGUGCAGUUUCAUAUGGAAAUACUUUGGGAUAACUCAGGUUUUAGCCAUGAAGUAAUUAAUCUGUUUGUCUAUUCUAUCAAGAUAUUGUAAUCUUCAUCGCCAUCGCUUGGAAUGAAUGUAACACCUCUCUAGAGAUUUGAGGGACUGAACAUGAUGUUAUUUUGGGGGGAAAAACAAGUACAAUGUGCUGACUUUGUGUGAGUGUGUUUUAAAAAAAGAAAUGUAAAUGUGCGUAUUUUCUCUUACUGCUCCUCUGUCAAAGCAAAAAGAAUUACCACCAUCAUCCCCGCGGUUACUUUCACGACGAUGGCCUAGAUUCAUGAUGUCAUGAGGGAUGUAACAGCCAUCCGAGUGCUCCUGUCCCUGUGGGUCAGGAGCUGCCCUGUUGAGCCCUCCCUGCUCUUUUGCGGCGGGUUCAGACCCCUGAGUUUUCCCUCCAUCAACCACCUCUCACUAUAUCUGCCAAACACUUGGCUCAACGGCAGCCGAACGAGCUUCUGCCACCUCUCACUUUGCUGGGCUGUGAUCCAGUGUCAGGACCAGAGCUCUCUGAAUUAAACGGAUCUGCCAGGACUCUAAGCUGUUAACGACUUUCUGCUUCCCUCGCCAGGUGUCAGCUAGUUAACGGGGCAGAAAUAUGCGCGGGGUGUGUGUCGGCGUCCGAGGCUGUCGCACCACCACGAGCGACCUGAGCAGCGUCUGACAUGUUUAAGAUCGUCAAGAGCUCACGCAUUCACACUAGAGAUCGACCGAUAUGGAUUUUUUUUUUUUUAGGGCCAAUGUCGAUACAGAUUUUUCAGCCUUGGCCGAUGGCCGAUACGUGCUGCUGAUCAUUCUGAGCCCGUGGAUGCGUCUAUCUAUAAAAAAUAUGUAUCGACGAACGCACCAACAUAUCGGCCGAUGCCGAGACCAGUAAAAAAACACAAAUAUCGGCCCCUGAUAUAUCUGUCGAUCUCUAAUUCAUACACAAAAAUUCCAGGGCUAGGAAAAAUAUAUAUAUUAAGAAUCAAUAAAUCAGGGCUAAGUUAAAGGGCCACUCCAUAGUAAACUACUCAGCCUGUGAAAAUGUUUUUUAAUGUCUUUUGUGGCACUGGAGGACAAUUUGUGAAGGAAACAACACUGGUUUGUAUCAGAGAGAUUGACUUACAAACUGGUGGUGACUUGGUCUAAUGAAAGAUGUGAUCAGGUUAUAUAUAUAUAUAUAUAUCAAUGCCAGUUUACAGUGUCAGUGUCUAAUUUUUUUAUUUCUUAGGCGUGUAUGAAGUUGCAACGCUAGCAAGUAGAACAACACAUGAGAAAAAGUUCCCAUUGAGAGGUUGGAGGUGUGGUGCUGGUUUAAGUGAGACACGUGACCUUAAACACAGAGGUUGGGGUUCAAAUUCCACGUGGCGCUUUUGUUUUCACCUGCCACUUUUAUUAAUUUGGCAUCACUUUUAUUGGCUGCAUGGUUGGGAUUUGACUUAAAUACUUGGAUACGUUUGGAAAAAGAUUAUGGUUUAGGUUAGUAAGCCAUGCCCCCUCCUCCACCAAUGUUGGUGGACACACAACAAACAUUUUUCUCUUGGAAGUUUCAUUUUAGUUAUUUGACACUGUAGAAACAGGAUGUGACGUCAUAAUGACAACUGCUCCGAUAGGAACAAAACCAAAAAGAACAACAUAUAAAUCAACAUUUCUUUCUGACCGGUCAAGGUAGAGCAGAGCUUAGUAUUAAUCAAACGCAAAUGCCGGUGAGUCCAGCUGAAUUGUGGGCAAUAACUGCAAAAACUCUGGCUCCAAACUCGCAAGAUGGCACCGCUGUACUUCCUGAAUUCUAGAGUCAGUUUGAACAAUGAGAGGAAGUGAAGACGCGUCAUGUAUUUUUUUCUACAGUCUAUGAGCGAGACACUGACAUAUCCUCAAGUGGGUCAGUUACCAGGCGGCAACAUCUGGGUCUGAUCGCUGAAGCCCAUGCGGAAGUGCAAAAAAACUGCAGUUCAUCGAGUGGCCACUUGAGGCUGGCUGCAAAAGGGAGCAAAUCCCCAUAGACCCCCAUGUUAAAACGCCCAACUUUACAGUGAUAUUAAAUAUGUUUCCAGUACAAAAAAAAAAACAAUUUUGGUCUCAAUAGUUUGAACUGUAUGAGAGGUGAUUUUUUUCACUUUUUUUUUUUAAUUAAGAUUUAAAUUCCGCAUAAUUACGGGUGCUCCUGCAUUGAGUGACAGGCGGUAACCUGAGCUAACGGGUAGCAGAGAGUUAAAUGGGCAGGUCUCAACGUCCAGGCUGCUUUGAUUCCGCCCAACAAGAUCCCCAUGUCCAUAUUUGGAGUAACUGAGUGUGGGCGGAGUAAAGCUUGCAACCACGGGCUCCGCCCACGUCAGGCUUCAUUUUCAAGGUACAGAAUCCAAUAGGUAACAUCACAGUGGGUUUGUCCACAGUAUAUAUAGUCCAUGUCUGUUUUGGGUGAGUUUUAAGCAAAUUUAUUGAAAUCAAUUUCUCACAAGGACUCCAAAAGUAGAUCAGUUAUUAAAAUGGUCAAGGUUUAUCAAACAAUGAAGCUUAAAAAGCACAAAAACCUCAACACGUUGUCCCCAGUUUUUUUUUUUUUUUUUUUUCCAUUAUCAGCUUUUAAAGCUGCAAAAGGCUUUUAUGAAGGUAAAUUAUCUUGAAUGUGUCGCCCUAAGAAAAAAAGUCCAGAAUAAUGAGCUUUUAUGCUUCAUACGUACUGUGUCAGAAUGAGAGACUUUUGUAAAUGCAUUGUUAAUUUCCCUGAUGAGGGCUUGAUAAGUGGUGUAAUACGGGAAAGUGUAAUAUCAAACCGGUUGCUGAGUGCACACAUCAGAAAGAUCACAUUUUACUUGGGGGAAGGAUUUUAAAUUAGUGUGGUCAAGUGGUCUCAGUCCUGCAUAACAUGUACACAAACACCCUACAUCUCUGUGUUACACACUUUCCCAUUUGUCAUUAUUUGUGCGGACGUGUUAAUAUUUGAGCAUUACGUACAGAGCUGUCUUUUUUUUGUGUGUGUUGAAGUACUCUCUAUAUCUCUACUAGCAGAACUUUGUUUUUUAUUUGCGUUUGCCCCCUAUGACAUUGCAAUGCUGGCCUACAGUUUUGGCACAGACAAACGGUCUCUCUCUCUCUGCCUGAGUCACACGGAACAUGUUUUCACUACAGAUUUAAAACUCAACUGUUACGCAACCUGUCAUUUCCCUGAGCCGUUUCAAUUCCAGCAAAACGCAUUAAGCUGCCAAAUUCUCAAAGUUUUUUUGUUUUUUUUUUCCCUGAAUUUCCCUCCCAACAUAUUUUUGCGGGUCAGUAACGCGGAUAUUUUAAAUCAAAGCAGCGACGGUUGAAUUCAGUCAAACAAGUGCCACAGAAAAAAGCAGCAUAUCGUAUCUAGUCUAUAAAACAACCUGCUAAUUAAUUUAUGGUACAUUUUGGAGUAAUUGUCCUGAACUGACCAUGAUGUGAAGAGCACUCUGACUCAGGAGCUUGAGAGAGCUUUCCUCUGUUUUCUUCCUCAGCAAAACAUUUCACCGGAAAUCUAAUUAAAGAUGCAAAAGUGUCUAUUUGUCUGGGA